UGCCACUUCUUGAAGACCUCAAUUCUCAGAAAAACCCGCACAUAAGAGAAGAGAAGAAAGAUCAAAGUGUUCAAACUUAAGAUGAGGUGAAACUCACGCUCUCUCCUCUCAUUGCCACGUGGAACUCCUCAUAAAAACACGACACACCCCCAACAACAUCGUCAUCAAUGUGUUAUUCACUCUUCUUUUACUUCUUCUUCUUCUUCUUCCAUAUCAAAUUUGCAGCCCCCACACACUUACUUUUUGUUGUGACAUUCCCACUGUGUGAAGAGAACUCUAGGUGUCUUCUGUUGAAGGCCUUUUCUUUCUUUCUUUCUUUCCCUUUGAGUUCAAUGGAGACAGUUUAUGGUGAGGAACAGAUGAAGUGCAGCAACAAAAUAGACCUGACAUUGAAGCUGUCACCUUGUGGUGAUGAGAAAGAAGAAGAGAGGAGGAGGAAGCUGAAGAGGUCAUUAUCAGUGAUGAAAGAUGGAAGCAUCACAUUUCUGCCAUGUCUGAACAGAUCAAGCUCUUUGCCAUCAGAGGCUGAGGAUAGCAAUGGCAAGAGAAUGCUGCAUGAAAGGCUUAGGAGGAUUGCUAUGGCUGUCAAUGGUGCCAACUUCUUUCAAGUCAAGUCACUUUUAAAUCCUUCCGGGAAUUCAAACCAUAUGCAGGAUGCACAUAAGGCACAAUCAAGCUCAGCUAAAGGACCCAACCUCAACAACAAUGCAUCAACCACGAAAACAAAUGAUUCCAUGGCUUCCAACAAAACAACAAACAUCAAUGCAAAGGCGGUCGACCUCAUCGACCUCAACACCGAAGCAUCAACCACAGAGCAAAACAAUUCCUUGGCUUACAAGAAAACAACCACCACCGAUGCAAAGGAGGCGGAAGGCCUUGACCUCGACACCAAUGCAUCAACAACGAAGAAAAAUGAUUGCCUGACUUCCAAGAAAACAAUAAACACAGAUUCAAAGGAGAAGAUUCCAGACAAGAGAUUCAAGCUAGGGAACUACUGCAGCCUGAAAGGGGAUGUGAUGGAGAUCCUUAGGCAGAUACCGAGUGUGACGACGACAGGAGACGGCCCUAACGGGAGAAGAGUAGAAGGGUUUCUUUACAAGUACAGGAAUCGCCAAGCUUGCAUUGUGUGUGUUUGCCAUGGUAACUUCCUCACUCCAGCAGAGUUCGUUAUGCAUGCUGGUGGCAAGGAAGUCGAAAACCCAAUGAAGCAAAUCACUGUUUAUUUCAGUCCAUUCUAGAGGUAAGCAAGUUGGAUUCAUAACUAUGAAUCUUAGAUUAGUAUGUAGAGGGAGCGUGGAAAUUGUCAAUCAAAACUAUCUUUUAUUAGUUUAACUUCCAUAAUUAUUCAUGGUUUUAAAAUUAAAAAAAAAAUAUCGCCACCCCAUAAUUCUAUGCAUGGAUCAAUCA